ACGGCGUCUCCUGCGAAGCAAAUCCUUGCGCACGCGACCGCGUAGCUGAGCUCCCGGCGGUACCUCGCGAACGCUGCGGCAUAAUCUGGAAUCUGCUCAUAACUAUCUCAACAGCCUCCCUGAUCCCGUUGGAUAACCUUGACUUCCAUUUUCCAUCCCAAGAGUCGUCCGCAUCCUAGUGAUCCAGACUCAACGCAAAUGACCUCGCGGAACCCGACAAACUGGGACGAGUAUGACCGCGGGGGUUUCUCCCGGACCGGGAGCGUCUCAUCGUUUGGCAACGGGAGCGGUCAGUCGGAGAAUGAGUCUCUUCUAGGCCGCAGCACUGGCUCGAACCAGGACCAGGAUGAGAGCGAGUGGACCCAACGGUUGAGACGGAGAAGAUCCUCCAUCACCAACCGCCUCACCGCCAUCACCGACAUUGGCGGCGUCAACAGCAUCCGCUCGUUCACCCGCAGCUGGCAGCGCGCCGCCGGCUUCCCUGAGGUCAUCCCACAACGGCCCAGCUUUGUCUUCGCCCCCGACCAAGCCCCAAUCGCACCGCCGUCACUAAGAUCCGGCGAUGCCUCCCCCUACGCCCGACAGCAGCGUGACGUAGAGGCCGGGGAAUCGCCCUCACUCCUCCGCCAACACCUCGAAGCAGCCCUCCAGGGACCAGGGCGUGAGGUUCGAUCCCAGUCCCCACGCACCGCGAGCCCCGAUCCCGGCACCAGCCAAACCGCCCUCCACCGCCAAUGGAGCCGUGAGUCGCGCGAAGGAAAGCCACCGCUCGAGGGAGGCGGUGGUGAUCUGGCCCAGGCGUUCCGCGUGGGGAGCUACACGACGAGCUCCGGCGGCGGGUCCCUGUUUGCCGUCCCGCCCCAUCUAGCAACGCCGCCGCUGGUGGGGAGCUACGGUGAAUCGGCGGCGGUGGACUAUGGCACCCUCUCGUCGGAUGUUGGUGGUGCUGGGAGGGCGUCCAUGGCGCAGGCGGCCGCGCUGUGGCGCCAGCAGCAGGAGGCGGGCGGGAACGUGCCGGAUGGCGAGCUUCCCCCGAUUCUGGUGAAGGAGGUAGAGCAGGAUGGGAAGAUUGUGCUGGCUGUGGAGGGGCAGUCCACGCUGCCUCAGACGGUGUUCAACUCGACCAAUGUCUUGAUCGGGGUCGGUCUACUGAGCCUGCCGAUGGGUAUGAAGUACGCUGGCUGGAUCUGCGGCAUGAUAGCUCUGUUUCUUUGCGCUGCCGUGACAGGGUGGACGGCUAAGAUACUGGCCAAAUGCAUGGAUCUCGAUCCGACCCUCAUCACCUUCUCCGACCUCGCCUUCAUCUCAUUUGGUCGCAACGCGCGCAUAGCCACGAGCGUCCUGUUCACGCUCGAGCUGGUUGCCGCUUGUGUCGCGCUCAUCGUGCUCUUUGCCGACUCGCUCGACUUGCUAUUCCCCCGGUACUUCUCAGUCACGGGUUGGAAGGUUUUCUGCGCUGUUAUCUUGAUACCCCUGAAUUUCCUUCCGUUACGGUUGUUGAGCUUCACGAGCGUUAUUGGCAUUUUUUCCUGUUUGACUAUCGUGCUCAUCCUGGUCUUUGACGGCUUGCUAAAACCCACCUCGCCGGGGUCGCUCAUCGAACCGGCUCAGACGUACAUGUUUCCCACCAACUGGCUGACGCUGCCGCUGUCUUUCGGCCUGCUGAUGUCUCCAUGGGGCGGUCACGGUGUGUUUCCCAACAUCUACCGCGACAUGCGCCAUCCCUACAAAUACAGCCAGGCCCUCAAGAUCACCUUCUCUUUCACCGUACGUCUCCCUUCAAGUCCCAUUCAACCACUUAUUGUCCCCCCAUCAUUCACAAACUAUGUUGUUACGCAGUGGAUCCUGGACGCCACAACCGCCGUCGCGGGCCUGCUCAUGUUCGGCGACUCAGUCCGCGACGAGAUCACGUCCAACAUCCUGAUGGAAUCCAGCUACCCGCGGGCCAUGACCGUGCUCAUGUGCCUGUGCAUCGCCAUCAUUCCGCUGACCAAGAUCCCGCUCAACGCCCGGCCCAUCGUCGCGACGCUCGAGGUGCUGCUGGGGCUUCACCAGCAGAGCUUGGUGGUCCCUGCUUCUUCGGGAGGAGAAGAGGCAUCGUCGUGGUGGUCCUCGUGGCUGGUCGGCAGGGGGAUGGGGUUUCGCGGGGCGAUGAAGGUUGCCGUCAGGGUGGGGGUCGUGAUGCUGUUUCUGGGGAUCGCGGUGGUGUUUCCGGCGUUUGACAGCAUCAUGGCGUUUAUGGGGAGUGCGUUGUGUUUCACCAUUUGUGUGACGCUGCCCCUCGCCUUCUACCUCAAGCUUUUUGGCCGCGAGAUCUCUUCUCGGGAAAGGGUCUUCGCCUUUUCAGUCAUGACGCUGUCGUUCGUCUUGUCGGUUGUGGGCACCGUCUGGGCGUUCUUGCCGAAAAGCUUGAUUGGCGCCGAGCCUUCAGCGCCCGAGUUGCGGUAGAAGCCAACAACCGCCGGUGCGAGGACGCGUGUCUGGAUUGGAGCGUGUCGAGAACCGGAUGAACCCGGCCACAGACAGCCGGCUGUGAAGGUCGCUGCUUGGAGUGGAACGGUCGUUCUC